AUGGAGUAUGCCAGCGAAGUAUUGAAGAUUGCACUUUCUGAAACGGUAGUUGUCCUAAAAGUUCUCAACAUUUGGCAUUUUGCACCUAAUGCGGCAAAGUUGCUGCAUGAAUGGGAGCAGAGUGAAUUUUUCGUGCCUCGCACGCCACAAGAACAAGUAAUGUGGCGACGUGCGCAAAACGCUUACAAAAAAGUAUUGGCUUUUUAUAGGAUUUGGAGCAUAAUUUGCGUGCUUUUAGCUUUCCUGUCAGUUGUUUUCAUGGAGACACCUCAGCUACCAGUUCCGUAUUGGAUUCCGGUCAAAAAAUGGCGAGAAGGCAAUGGCUGGCCGUUAUAUUUGUAUGAUUUCGUGGCGGUGAUAUUCACUUGUUGUUGCAAUAUUGAAAUAGAUUCUUUACAAUGUUAUUAUCUAUUGCAUUUAACACUUUGUUUGCGGCUCAUCGGUUUAAGAAUGGCGCGCUUGGAAGAUGCAGGCGAUAAUGUGGAAAUUACCAGCGAACUUCUUAAAUUAAUUCAAAUGCAGCAGCGCGUGAAGGACAUGGUCAAACGUUGCGAGGAGAUUGUAUCGCUACCUGUUCUCGUGCAGAUUAUAUUCAGUUCGAUGAUUAUUUGUUUUACAGCUUAUUAUCUGCAAAGUUUAAGUUUCAGCAAUAAUCCAGCCGAUUUUGUAGCUAUGGUACAAUAUGGCUUUGUCAUGUCUUUGCAAAUAUUUUUGCCAUGCUAUUAUGCCAAUGAAUUGACGGCGGAAUCACUAAAUUUGAGUAAGCAACUGUACAGCUGCAAUUGGACGGACAUGUCUGCCUACAAUCGCCGUUUAAUUUAUCUCUAUAUGCAAGACUUAAAGCAGCCAAUUGCGCUGCGUGCAGGAAGCUAUUUCGAAAUCGGACUACAAGUUUUUUCAAAGACUAUGAACAACGCUUACACUCUACUGGCGCUUUUGGCGAACGUCGCCGAUGAGGAUGAGUAGAAUGGGUGUGCAUACAUAUGUACACAUAACUUAACAUAUGUAUGUAUAUUUACAUGAACAGGGCCGUCGAGAAAAAAUCCAAGCCCGGAAGGUGAAUAUGUUCCGGGCUCCCCUCCACAAAAUAAUAUUUGCUUUUUAAAUGAAUUUUUAACGUUUGCUCUCUAUACUUAUUCAGUGAUGUUUUUCUUAGUUUGUGGUAUAUAAUUUUUUUUUU